UCCAUCCUUCCCUCCCUUCCUUUUCCCCCCUUAUCCCCGGCCCCCUCCCGCUUGGUGGCGGCAGCGGCACCGGCAGCCCCCCGCGCUCCCCGGGAAGUGCGGGUCCGCGCGCGCGCGGGCGGCAGGGCGAAGGUGGCCUGUUGUGAGAGUUAAUCUGCCAAAUAUUUAAUAAUCAUUUGUUCAGAAGAUUUCCCACAUUGUUCAUGGAGUUUUUCAUCAGUAUGUCUGAAACCAUUAAAUAUAAUGACGAUGAUCACAAAACUGUGUUCCUGAAAACAUUAAAUGAACAACGUUUGGAAGGAGAAUUUUGUGACAUAGCUAUCGUGGUUGAAGAUGUUAAAUUCCGAGCACACAGGUGUGUGCUUGCUGCCUGCAGUACCUACUUCAAAAAGCUUUUCAAAAAACUGGAAGUUGACAGUUCAUCAGUAAUAGAAAUAGAUUUUCUUCGUUCUGACAUUUUUGAGGAGGUUCUCAAUUACAUGUAUACUGCAAAGAUUUCUGUUAAGAAGGAGGAUGUAAAUUUGAUGAUGUCUUCAGGCCAGAUUCUUGGUAUUCGAUUUCUGGAUAAACUCUGCUCUCAGAAACGUGAUGUAUCUAGUCCUGAAGAGAACACGCAGUCCAAGACCAAGUACUGUCUAAAAAUAAACCGUCCUAUGGGGGAACCUAAUGAUACCCAAGAUGAUGAGGUAGAAGAAAUUGGAGAUCAUGAUGACAGUCCUUCAGAUGUGACGGUGGAAGGAACUCCCCCAAGUCAGGAAGAUGGAAAAUCACCUACCACUACCCUAAGAGUGCAAGAGGCAAUCCUGAAAGAGUUGGGAAGUGAAGAGGUUCGAAAAGUCAACUGCUAUGGCCAAGAAGUAGAGCCCAUGGAAACAACCGAAUCAAAAGACUUGGGUUCUCAGACCCCUCAGACUUUGACAUUUAAUGAUGGCAUAAGUGAAGUAAAAGAUGAACAGACACCAGGCUGGACCACAGCAGCUGGAGAUAUGAAGUUUGAGUAUUUGCUUUACGGUCACAGGGAACACAUUGUAUGUCAGGCUUGUGGUAAGACCUUUUCUGAUGAAGCACGAUUGAGAAAACAUGAAAAGCUACACACUGCAGAUAGACCAUUUGUUUGUGAAAUGUGUACGAAGGGCUUUACCACACAAGCUCAUUUGAAAGAGCACCUGAAAAUACACGCUGGUUACAAGCCUUACAGUUGUGAUGUAUGUGGAAAGUCUUUUAUUCGUGCACCAGAUCUAAAAAAGCACGAAAGGGUUCACAGUAAUGAGAGGCCAUUUGCAUGCCAUAUGUGUGAUAAAGCUUUCAAGCACAAGUCCCACCUCAAAGACCACGAAAGAAGACAUCGAGGAGAGAAACCUUUUGUCUGCAGUUCCUGCACUAAAGCAUUUGCUAAAGCAUCUGAUCUAAAAAGGCAUGAGAACAAUAUGCACAGUGAAAGAAAACAAGUUACAACAGCCAAUUCCAUCCAGAGUGAAACGGAACAGUUACAGGCAGCAGCUAUGGCUGCUGAAGCAGAGCAGCAGUUAGAAACUAUAGCUUGCAGUUAAAAGCUAAAGCAGAAACUGUAUCAGAAAUAAUAUAAGAAAUUAAAUUGGACAAAAUCUAUUGUUGGUAUGCAUUUAGACUGAGAAUUAUCUUUUCAAGAAAACAUUUUUAGAGGAUUUGAAUGCUACAUAGUAACAAAUAGCGUUGCUUGGUUAGGCAUUUUAAAACAUUUCAGAGAUGGGUAUUCUUAGAAUAUGAAGUAUGUUGCUGUCAUUAGCAGUAUAAUGCACUAAUACCUGAUUUAAUAUGAGAAUGAGAUCAAGUUCUCUAUAAAACAGGGAUCAUCACUGGCUGAUGUUUUGUUUCAUCCAGCAUGGAAUACUGCGUACGAUGCAGACGUCGAAAUCAGUGAGUUAUGUUUGAAAAUGCUGACAUCUCAGAAAAUAACAGACAUGGAAAAGAAAUACUUGAUUUUCAUAAUUGUGAAGGUGUUACACCUACAGUUUUUGAGAAACAGACAUUUAUUCCCUAAGCUUUUUAAUUCCUCCUUUUUUCACCUAAUGUAGGUGCUAGGGGUUGAUACAACAGAGUGUAAGGGGGGAUAGUGGUCAAAAUUAAAUUGCUUCCUAUUCCAUUCCCUCAGAUAUCCUCUUACUGUAAUCAGGGUGUCAAGUUUAAUGGAAUACUUGCUUUCCUGAAGAAAAUGCAUUAUUCAGUGGUCCUAGCUAGUAAAGCAGAAGGGUCACAGCAUUCACCAGUGUUAACUGUGGGGAAAGAGUCUGCCUCAUUUGUUCCCAUGCUCACUUUUAUGCAGAUCCCCUGAGGUGGGACAGAGCCCCAAGGCAGAAAGGGUGCAGCAUGGAGGAGACAUGUUCCUUACCUGGAUCCAGUAGAAAUUAGUUCGAGCUAGUACAGCCUGAGGCUGUAGUUUUUAUUAUGCAGCUUUCUAUUCACCUAACCUGUCACCACAGUGUUUCUGACAGCAGAGGAGGACUAGCUGUACUGGCGAGUGAUAGGGUAUCACUGCCAGACCUCCAGAGCUGCAGAGCACAGCCAUGGGCGAUUGCAUACCUGCCCACAGUGCUCAGCUCAGCAUGUGUGUCAUGGCUGGUCACACCAGCUAAUAGGUCCUGUUUGAAUUUAAGAACUCCUGCCUUCCAACACAAUAGCUUUCAGCAAGAGGGAGACUUCAGUGAGAGACUUCAGUCUUAAUUGACCCAGAAACAGUGUUCACUAAUACCUGUUACAUACAGUUGCCUGAUUUUUGUUGUUUUUUUUUUGUGGUUUUUUGGUUUUUUUUUGUUUUUUCCUAGACAGGCUGGGUAGAUGCUGCUAGUUUAACUGCUAACUCAGAGGUUCAACAAAGUAAGUGGUCUUUGGAUUGCAUUCUGCUGUGUGUAGUCAACAAAAGAAAACACAGUAACAGUCAUAAUGUAAUCCAAAGGGAUAUGGAGCCUUUGUUUUAAAUUUGUAAAUACUACAGCAGUUGUCAAAGCUUCAUUUGAAGUUGGAAUGGGCAAAAACCUGCACUCUUAGGCAUGUGGCUGGGUAACAUUGGUCACUUGCAAUACCUAUAGCAUAUGAAAGCGUUAGACCAGUUUCUGGUAAGUUGCCAUGUGGUAGAUCACAUCUUGCUUUUCUAACUUGAAAUCGAAAAUGGUGGUUUUGGAACUGUUCUGUGGAAUUUUGAUUUUUUUUUUUUUUUUUUUUUUGGCUUUUUUUACAGCUUCAUUUUAUUCAUGUACUCAUCAGGUUGAGCAGUUAUCUUAAAAUGCCAAUAAUUGCUUGAAAGCUGGUCUGUAAAUAAAACAUGAACAUAAUAUUUUAGAAAAUGUAAACUUUGGACCUUUACCAAUAUAUUUUUUUAAAAUGUUGCUUCAUUUUACAUUCAGUAAUUAGUUUGUAAACAAACUAUACAUUUUGUAUCUGUGCAACAUCAGAGGAUGUGUAUUCAUUGCAUUUUAUUGGUUCUCUUGAGGAACAUGAUAAAUGACCAUUGUUAAAAUGUUUUACUGUAUAUUAUCGUAGAUAUAAAGAUAGUAGGUCCAAAAUGGGAUCUACUUUCUUUUUCUAAAUAUAUUUGUCUUGCUAUGUUUUCUUACCUGAAAUUGUUUGCCUAUUUUUUUUAAUAUAGAUGAUAAAAUUGGGGUUGAUAUGACUGUGCAGAAGAGAUCUGUUGUGAUAAGAGUUCAAAAGUGUAAAAGAUGAAGACAGCUAAAUUUCCUCUAGGUCUUCUAUGAAAAUCGCAAGAAGUAAUGAGCUUAAAUUACAGCAGUGAACAUUUGCAUGAGAAAAAAAAAAAGGGUUGAAUCAUGAAUUAUUAGAACAGAAUGCCUGGGAGUGUGCCUGAGACAGGGGAUGUGAUUCUGUCCAAUUAAUGGGUAUUUUGCUGUUGACUCUGUUGGGGCCAGAUUAGUCUAAUAUUCCUAACAAGGUUUCCAACUGCGCACAAAUAGCUAAUUAGUGUGUGUGCAAGAAUGACAGAAUGCUUUAAAAGCAUAGAUGGCUACAAUAACAUUAGAUACCAAUUACUUGUUUUUCUCAGAGUUAAGUAGCAAAAAUAUCACACA